CCUUGAUUCGACAAAGCUAGAGGAGCUUAGGGUUGGGGUUUAUCGGCACAAUAUACGUCGUAUUGGUCUGAGAAGUGGCAAACUAAUCAUCCACUCCAUUGAGGGGCUUUUCGAAAUGGCAAACGAGACCCAAGAUGCUUCGCAGGCCACCGUUAAUGGCGACAAUGCGCAAUCUCUCUGCGACGUCGUCCGAGGGUUGCCUAGUCGCGCCAUCGUAGACUUAUGGUCCACCGGCGUAUGCACCAGAUGCAUCUUACGGUUAUUUGGGAUCAGAGAGCAUGAUUACUAUCGUUCUUCACUAUCGCGGUCAAUCUUGAGUUCAGUUGUUGGAGAUUCAGAGAAACAUUUGGUGGAUAGUAAUGUUAGAGAACCGGUAGUUUGUAGAGUUUGUUUGGGGAUCUUGCAGUUCACUUAUUCUGUGGAUAACAAGUUGGUGGUAGAAAGGGAGAGUGCCAGUGAAUUGGCUGUUUCCAUUUCCGAUCUGAUUAGGCAACAGGGCUUUCAGAUUGACAGCUUUUCUCUUGAAGUAUCCAUACCUCCAAUUAUCCAGGAAAAUGAUCGUAUUGCUUGGCUAUAUAUGAAAAGAAAGUUUGAAUCUGAACUUUGGUUCCAAGGAAAAUCACUCUCUGAAUGCAUUUCUGCAAAGGAUGCUCUAAAAAUUUCUCUUACGGAGAUCCUUGAAACAAUGUUGGGUUGUAAGUCCAGCAUAAGCAGUUUCCACAUCCGUUUGACAUACACUCACCGUAUAGCAUCAAUAACAGUUGAUAGUUCUAAUGAGGGGUGCAAAAGAAGAAAAACAGGUUCAGGCAAUGGUUUGGACAGAAUUAAUGACGACAUCAAAUGCUCUGGGUUUUUGACAAGUGAAGCUGAUGCGGUUGUUGAAAGGUCUUUUGUGAGUUUGCAAGCUAAUGAAUCGCCUGUGUGCCUGAAGUUACCUCUAGAGCAGUCCAGUGAACCUUGCUGUUUAGAGUUUCUCUGCUACCGGACGCAAAUCUAUGUUGGUGGGAGAUACCUGAAGUACUCGAGAAAUGUGAGUCAAUCCUGUUGGAUUAUUGAUGAUGAGAGAAUGGGAGAAGCAUCCGUCGAGGAGAUACUAGGUAGCAACGUUCUUCCUAUAUGUCGUGGUGAUAACUACAAGUUUCAUGCUGCCGGAAGAGAAGAUAUCGAUGUGAGGAUGUUGGGUUCUGGAAGGCCGUUCCUGCUUGAGAUACAAAACGCUCGCCUCGUCCCGUCUGAUGACUCUGUAAAAAGUUUGGAAAUAGCGAUAAAUAACUUGGAAAAUAAAUUGGUAGGCGUGAAAAAUCUGAAGCUGGUUGAUAGUCAGUCAUGGGAUCUAAUGCGUGAAGGGGAAGCAGAGAAACAGAAGCAGUAUGUUGCGUUAGUGUGGAUUUCUCGCCCUCUCAAGGAUGAGGACUUGCAUUUUAUAUCUUCACUUAAAGACACGGUGAUCUGUUUUCUGAGCCUCCAUAUUCAGCAGAGGACUCCCAUCAGGGUGCUUCACCGCCGAAGUCCAUUAGAACGAGAAAAGAUCAUACAUUGGAUGAGAAUUGAGAAGAUUGUUGGAAGUUCUCAGUAUUUUCUUUUGCAUCUGUGUACCCAGGCUGGAACGUACAUUAAGGAAUUCGUUCAUGGGGAUCUUGGACGCACCCAACCUAGCAUUGGAUCAAUUUUAAGUUGUAGAGCAGAGAUACUGCGGCUCGAUGUAACAGAUGUGAAGAUGGAUUGUUUUCUCACUGAAUGAGGACCGUUAUUCUAUAAAACCACCCUGCUGCAGCUGCGGCUUUUUGGGGUUGAUCUAAGCUUAUGGAACUAGACGGCGCAGAAGAUGAAUCAGUCGGAGCUGUGGAUCCAAGCUUAUCCACUUCGGCAAUGUCCUUGUCCGGCACAUUCAUGUAGGCUGAUUUAUAUUAUAUGCUUGUUUUGUUUUUCUUCUACUUUUGCUUUGCUGAUAUCCGUUUGAUAAUCCGGCUUAGAAUGGAACAAGUCUUUGAGUUUGUCAUGAUUCAUAAUUUGGGCCUUUUGAGUUCCCUAGAA